GAUUAAGUGAUAACAUUAUUGGCCUGCUUUCAUUUUAGCUUGCUGACAAUUCUUUUUUCGUCAGGUCCUAACUGCUCGCCAGACGUGAUCUAAUGCUAUGUAAAUUAUUCUGAUGCACUUUUGUGUCGGUCUGGGACUUGCGGAUUGUCAGAAAUAUCGUCAGAUUCUCAGCAGUCAGCUUCUGUUGACACUGUGUCUGAUGUAUCCAGGUGAAGUCUGAAGACGUAGUGAUUGUUUUUACAGUGCAGAGUACCAUAAAUCUUCUGAUGCAGAGCUGUACAGAUUGAUGAAAUUAGGCCAGAUAAAAGGUGGAACAAAUGUAUACUUGAUACUGGAGAAAGCUAACACCCUCCUCCCCUAGUGCGAGACAGCAACAGUCAAGUGUCCUACAGAGUGCUAUAUUCACUGACAGAUCAAGGCAAAGUGGCUUCUACACCAGGACUCUACUAUCCUCAUAUGACCUCUACCAUCUGUGUCCUACUAGCUACACAUUUAGUUGGUCUCUUAUGGUGACUCUUGUUUGAGUACUUAGUGUUUAAACCCAUUGUCUUUCAUAUCUUGCCCAGCGAGUAACUCUUGGUAUGGCCAUGGUGAAUCCUAUGCUGAAUCUAGCCAUUCCUAACCCCAAUGUUAAGGACUCAAGAUGGCUUACACUGGAAGUUUGCCGUGAGUUCCAACGGAACAAAUGCACACGCACGGAGAAUGAAUGCAAAUUUGCUCAUCCACCUCCACAUGUGGAAGUACAGAAUGGGCGGGUGAUAGCCUGCUUUGAUUCCAUAAAGGGUAAAUGUCAGAGGAAGGAUCCUCCCUGCAAGUACCUGCACCCACCCCAGCAUUUGAGAGAGCAGCUCCUCCAAAAUGGUCGGAACAACUUGAUAUUGAGAAACCUGCAACUCCAGGCUGCUCAAGCUGCCAUCCAGCCAUAUGUGCCCAAUGUGAUUCCAAUGGCCGGGAACAAAGCCGUGGCGUAUUCCACAGUUCUGCCCACCGGACAUUACCCCCUUAUGGCCCCACCAUACAUGAGUUCUGCACCAACAUCAGCUGUGGCAGCCUUCAAUCCCUACCUAAAUGCGUCCAUGCCUGGAACAAUGGCUGUACCAGGGACUGGUAGUGAAGCCACGGUUGUCACACAGCAGAUCCCAGGUGUCAUCCCCACACCUAUACAAGCUAGCAGCCAGCAGAAGGUAGCCCGCCCCGAUAGGCUUGAGGUAUGUCGUGAAUUUCAAAGAGGUACAUGCACGCGACAACCUAGCGAAUGUCGCUUUGCUCACCCUCCUGACAAUGUAACAGUCGACCAAUCCGACAACCAUGUAACGGUGUGUAUGGAUUUCAUAAAGGGGAAGUGUACGCGGGAUUCGUGUAGAUAUUUUCACCCUCCGGCCCACCUUCAGGCCCAGAUUAAGGCCGCUCAACAACGGGCAAACGCUGUCGCUGCGCAGAACGCCCCGACCCAGACUCAGCUGCCGCAAGUGGUUGAGGUCUUGACCGCGGGCAAGAAGCGACCUCGUGACCCUACAGACGAUCUUGUUCUGGGUGCCAUCCCUGGAGUUGUGCCCCCUUACAAACGGAUGGCGAUGACGGAUGCUAAGAGUGGAUUUCCCAUGACGUACCAGCCUAGUGCUAUAGGAGCAUAUCAACAUGCCGCCCUUAUGCAGCUAGGACAACAACCAUAUAUACCAGUCAAGUGGCAUUUGACAUCACAACAAGUAGCAGAUGUAACACUUGCGGGACACCCUCCCAGUGUGCCGAGAUUUUAAGUCCGGCCAGUGUGACCGGCCGCAAUGCAAGUAUGUGCAUCUUCUAGAGGAAUACGUUGAAGUGAUGGAUGGCCAUGUGACAGUUUGUCGCGAUUCUGUGCGCGGCAAGUGCCAGCGCCCUCUGUGCAAGUAUUACCAUAUUCCCGUAAUUCUGCCAGCCUCAUAGGUCUGCCUGUCUGACCCAGGGGCUAG